AUGCAAAGAAAUGAGACAGAACAACAGAAACAUCGUAUUCGUCUUAGUUGUAAUCAAGAUGGAAUUAUUGAAAUUAGUUUAAAUGCAAUGGAUUUGGAGAUCAGUUUUAUGGAAGUUGUUGGCAGUGCAAUUAAUACUGACUUACAAAAACUUAGUGAAGAUACUGAGAAAGUUUUUAAAG